AUCUAUGAGGCAUCAUGUGAGGCCUACAGGCUGACCGGCAGCUCCUCAGGCUACUUCUCCGUUGAUCCAGAUGGCAGUGGUCCUCUGGGGCCGACACAGGUCUACUGCAACAUGACAGGUAAGCUGCCACUGGGGCACACAGCCCAGUCAUCACCUCUCUGCACUCUCCUGAAUCCCACAAGAACUCUGAGAUCGUAGCAGAGGAGAGAAAGAGUAAACAAGAUCUGAUUCAGUCACUUACAGACACAUUGUAUUGGCCCACAGCACAACUGACAACUGACAGCCAAGCUAUGAAGUGGAAAACCAUUAGGGUUACUAGACAUGGAAUCAGCCCCUGGUUACAAUGAUAGCUCCAAAUAAAGAUUUGCCAAAAUGUCUGCUGUAAAUAAGACAUUAUUUGUGCAAAAGUGUGCAAAAUGACACAAUCGCAAAAGUGAAUACACAUAAAGAAGACCAGAGCUCUGAUUCAAGUCUGUGUCAUGUCUUCACCUUCAGGGCUCAGACUUUUCACAGACAGAGUAAAGGAAUGGGAGCUCGAUGCCUGGGCGCUGGCAUACAAGACAAUAUCCAUCACAUUGCUGUCAUGAGCUUACAGCUCUGACCUUUCCGGAGGUUAAUGCAACAUUUAAGUCAUUACGGAGGUGGCUGGCUGCUGCUGCCUUUUGAUAGUCUGGCUCAGGAUCACAAUGUAUUUUCCUUUUUUCAUGCCACAAAUCCUAAUAAUGUUGCAUGGAGUUGCCUCAGGUUGACCUCAAUUAAAGAAUCCAUUAGAGAUGUAAAUAACUCUCAGCUUGACAAACUGGGAUGUGAAUAAUCACGAAGAGGAAGAGGAUUUCUUCUCAGGCAAGGUAAACAGAAUUCCCUAUAAUACACAAAAUAGGGGGAUGGAAAUGAAUUGGAGUCCUCACCUCAAUUCAUUUUGCAAGCUAUUAAUCCUUGGUUAGAGAGCCUACAGGAAAUCUUGUUUGGCUGUGGAUUAUUGUACAUGCAGUAGCGUGUCCAGAACAUUUUGAAUGGGGUGACCAAGUUGGGGCACAGACCCAGUUUAGGGGGUCAUAACAUUUUGAACCUUAAUCGAUGCAAGGUGGAUUUCUACAAUAAAAGUAUGAUGUUUCAAUGCAUUAAAUGCUUCAGUUUAGGUUUGGUACGUUUCCCUGUUCAAAUAAAUAAUGAAUCAAUUCCAAAAGUGUUUGCAUUGAAGGUCAGGAUUUUAUAUAAGGGUGUUAGCAUACAGCAAUAAAUUCACUUGAAAGUGCCAUCCAGAGUGCGAGUUAUACUGUAACAUUCGGGGGUCUCAGCCUAGGCCACCCCCUGGACACGCCACAGUGUACAUGCAGGAACUCCCUUUUUUAAUUUAAUCAAUUUAAUCAAUAAUUAAUUCAACAUGUUUAUUUAUUUUAUUUGGGUAUUGGCUUGUAUAAGUCAAAGCUUGUGAAUAUAUCCAAUGUUUUUAUAAUCAAAAGGGUAAAUAUGACACAACCAACAUGCUCUGCACACAAUGUACAGCAUGUUACAGGUCAAAAUGUCUUAAGGUUUGACAUCAUUUGUUCCAUGUUGUGUGUAGAAGACAAGGUGUGGACAGUGGUGACCCACAACAGCACAGAUCCAGUCAGGGUCCAGGGUUCUACACUCCAGAAGCCCUACAUUAUGAAGUUCAACUACAGCGCCUCACCUGAACAACUGAUGGCCCUCGUGGCCGGGUCAGAGCAGUGUCAACAGGAAGUGAUGUACGGCUGCAGGAAGUCCCGCCUCUUCAACACUAGAGGUGAGUUGGGUCGAUAGCACCCUGUUCGUCCUAUGACGUCAAACUUAGACAUGGUCCCAGACGGACCUGUUCACUAAUAUAAAUGGUUAGUAUUCUGAGAAUGAAACUGAUUCUGACCUGAGCAUGUGAAUAUACACUCCAUCCUCAACCAUUUCUCCCAUUAUCUUGCAAUAACUUGAAAGGCUACCACCGAGCAUAUCUCUGAGCAUUCAUCUUCAAUUGCUUUGGGAGCAAUCUCACAUUUGCUCCUAAAUCAUGAAAAAUUCAUGAAGUGCUGAAUUCCCUGAUUCCCCGGCUGUCAUGUGCGUGCAAAUAAACAAGUUCAUUAUCACAGUGGGUCAAAAUAAAAUAAAAAUGUUAUUCUUUGGGCUAUAUAUGAACAGUUUCAGAUGGAACAUCAAUAGGUUGUUUCUGCUGGCUGUCGUGCUUGAACACAGAUAUUCUCUAUAGAAGAUGAAUGAUGUUCAGCCCCUCUGUCAGACACACCAUGUCUCUUAGCUGUUCAAUGAAUAGCAAUUCACAAAUUGUUUAUUAUUAGACCAAUUUGGCCCAUGGAUUUAUGUAAAUUUGCAUGAUUAAAAGUGGCUUUUUGUGAACUCAGACACCACAACGUCAUGCAUGCGUAACCUAUACGCAUUCAUGGAAUAUGGUUCACAUUAGUUAAAUAUGUUUGAUUACUGUUAUUAAUUUAUUAAAUUGUCAUUUUCAUUUGUUUAAUUAUGUGGCUGUAGUGUUGGGCACAGACAACAUCUGCAGCUUGUAAUAUGACAAGAAAAUACCAAUUACCAUCCACGAUGACAAUGUAAUUUUGACUCGUCUUCUCUUUUCAUUAUACCGUUUCAUUAUCUAUCAACAUGCAGUUUGAAUACUAAGGAUUCACAUUUGCACAUUCUUUGUCAUGACCACAAAAACAAAACAAUAAACAACAACAAAUGUGUCAAGUAUUGAUAUGCUUUCAAAUGCUUGCCCAACACUGGGACCUAUUCUUACUAAAUAAGCAAGCAACACUAGAUCAAUAAGAGACACUGUUACUGUCAAUAUUGUACUGCAGUUUAUUUCAAAACCUCUUGCAGAGUAAGGUCAAUGAAAGGGCGUAUAUAAUGUAUGCAGGUUUAGCAUGCAACAUCAAGUAUCCGCAAUGCACAAUGCAGAUGUGUUGAUAGUAGCUGAGAGCUGAGGGACUGCUCCCUGCAGGCCUGUAGUGUCUCCAAUGCAGAGUCAUAUUGUGUGACGGAUGGCUGUAGCAGGGCCACUUACAGAUGCUCCAGGAAAUGAGCCCUGGAUGUCUGACUGGCAUCACUGAGGGCUCAUUGACACAAUGCCAUGGGAUGCCAACAGAUGCCAAUGGCUCUAAUCACAGUCACUGUGCAGAUAGCCAUACUGCAGAGAUGACCCCUGGAUUAUUAGCUGGUCUCUAAUAGGAUUUGUCUGAGUCUCACUGACCAGCAGGAUAAUUGUUAUAUUUGAAUAUGGAUGACAUUGUGUAUUCCAAGGAUUUCAUUCCAAAAACGGUGCCGUUUUUUUCUAAGCAUCUGGACAGUUAUGUGUCUAUCUGAUCCAAUAGUUAUACGUUUGAACUAACUGUAUAACUAGCUACUGUAAAGCUUUUUCUCUUAGUUGUAUAUUUCCCUAUAUAUUUUUUUUUCAUUUACUGCAUUGCUAUAAUUGCUUGUUUUUGUAUGAACUAUGUUGUGCUCUGCUGUAGAUGGUACCCCGUUGUCCUGGUGGGUGGACCAGGGUGGAGAGAGACGGACCUACUGGGGUGGCUUCCUGCCGGGGGUUCAGCAGUGCUCCUGCAGCCUGGAGGAAAACUGCAUGGACAUGAAUUACUUCUGUAACUGUGAUGCCGACACAGACUCAAGGUAACAAGGCAAAUAUGUCUCUCUGUGUAUCUACUGGGCUGCUCAUUGAUCAAUAUGCUCUACAGGCCUUUGGGUUUGUCUAGUGACCAUUAUUUUAAUUUUUUAAAAUGCAUUACUUUAUUUAUAUAGAACUUUGAAUACAGGGAUAUUUCUAUCCAAAUUCAACUGCUGUAAUGUAAAAUGACUAUAUGAAGGUAUAAAUUACUAUAAAAACGUAUUAGGCUUCAACUGCAGAUCUUAUCAUGAUAUUCUUUAUUACACACUUUAUCUUUAACUUUAAUGACGUUGCCUACAUUUAUUCUCACCCAGUGUGUCCCUGUGUAGUUUUGAAUUUGGGGAACCUCAUUUGCAUAUCUCCUGAGGCACCCGUCCAGACCUUGAUAGAUCACCUCAUCUUUAUAGUGUUUACUCUAAAGUUCCAGGCAAUGCUGACUGAGGAAUGGAUUAGUUUAUCUGUUGUGAAAUGAAGAGGCUUCUCUCGCUGUAUAUUGCAGGGCUAAUGACACAGGAGUCCUCUCCUACAAAGAGCACUUACCAGUGACUGAGAUCGUGAUUGGAGACACCAACAGAACAGGCUCUGAGGCGCUCUACAGAAUUGGCCCACUGCGUUGUAAUGGUGACAGUAGGUGAACUCUUCUAUUUUGUAAAAAUUGUAUCUUACAGAUGGUCCCUUUGGACAUCCUUGUUUUUCCAGGCCAAAUGCUGAUUAAAUAUUGAGUAUGUUCAAACGCUCCACUCAGUUCCAAGACAUAACCCUUUUUCACUCAUCUUUAUAUCCUUCUUAUAUGAGUCAAGACUUACCUCUAAGAAGAAAUGUGUAUUUCCUGUUUUCUAGAGUCUGUGUGGAAUGCAGCGUCCUUCUACCAGGAGUCAUCCUACCUGCACUUCCCGACCCUCCAGGCAGAGCUCAGCACUGACAUCUCCUUCUACUUCAAGACCAGCAUCCCAUCAGGAGUCUUUCUGGAAAACCUGGGCCUCAAGCACUUCAUCAGACUAGAGCUCAGCUGUGAGUCUGUGCUCCCCCCCCCCCCCCCCCCCCCCCCCCCACACACACACAUACUGUAAACACACACACACACACACACACCAGAAUCCAUUUGGAGAAGGCCAGCGGUGUGAAAUCAUCAGAAUUCUAUUUUCUGAUGAAAGCACUUCCCAGCUACAGUAGCCUACAUUUGACAUGCAAUUGGAAAAAUUUGCAACAUGUCACUCCUGACCUGAACUGCAUAAUGUAAUCCUAAUGACAGACACAGUGCUCUAUUAUCAAGCUGUCAAAUAAACCUCUAAUAGCACUUUCCGUGGCAACCAUGUAAUCAGAAUAUGCUCACUGAAUAUAGAAGUAAUUGUUGAAGAAAAGAAUGGUCAAACUACUUUGUGAAUGUACUAAAGAGCAUAAAGAGGAGGGCAACAUAGUUGCUGGGCUCAAAAUGUAUCUGUAAAAGCUUCUCUUUAGGUCUUUUGUAAGAGUCCAUUCUCUCAUAGGACAUUUGGAGCAUUGAAAUAACUGCAGCUUUUGAAAUGUGAGGCGCAUUUAGAAGUAUUGACAAGCUGUCAACUCUGCCCUACAUAAAACCAUACAGGUCAUCAAAGCCUUAUAAGUCUCAACGCAUCACAUUGCAUGCCAUCGACAUAAAACUACAUUGUGUAGCAUAGAAAAGAGGAGUCUCAGAUGCUGACCUGACUGACUGUCAGCUUGUGUCCCCUUUUUGUUUUCUCAGCUCCCUCUGUGGUGACGUUCUCCUUUGAUGUGGGAAACGGGCCAGUGGUCCUGGCCGUGAAGUCCCACGUGCCCCUGAAUGACAGGCAGUGGCACUAUCUGAGGGCGGAGCGCAGCGUGAAGGAGGCUUCUCUGCAGGUGGACCAGCUGCCCCUGCGCUUCCUGGAAGCCCCGUCUGAUGGACACCUCCGCCUCCGGCUCAACAGCCAGCUGUUUGUGGGUAGGGCUAUGGUGAACAGCCCCUCUGUGGAUUAAUAUGUACAUAGAGCAGUUAUACAUAUUGUAACACUGAAAAGCCAUAUUAAUUAGUUAUAACCUGUUGUCCCUCCUCCAGGGGGAACAGCGGCAAGGCAGAGGGGCUUCCUGGGCUGCAUCAGAACUCUGACUAUAAACAGCGUGACCUUUAACCUGGAGGAGAGGGCUAAGAUGACCCCGGGGGUAAGUGCCGGCUGCCCCGGCCACUGCAGCGGCUCCAGCCGUCUCUGCCACAACAGAGGGAGGUGCAUCGAGAAGAACAGCGGCUACGUCUGUGACUGCUCCCAGUCUGCUUACGGAGGACCCUCCUGCAAGGAAGGUGUGAAUCUUAAAGUAACGUCAACAUAGUGAUUAAUCCUUGGGGUUAAUUUAGCUGUAAUGUUGUUUCAUCUAAUCAUUCUGAUGCUGUUUUGACACUGAAUCUAUGAUUCUAACAUGCAGCAUGUAACUUCAAGUAUACACACAAAACAUGCACUGUUUGUAAAGUAGUGAAGUGCAAUCGGCUGCAAUCAGGAGAAGUUGAUUAACAUAGAGCUGUAAGAUAUCACAACAGCCCUCUGUUGCAAAAUAUUGCUUUACAUUAACCGAAAUCUAACAUCGCUCAGAGUAGGGUGUCCACCUUAUAUUAUAAAAUACAUUUUACCAAGACAAAUAUGAUUCUUCAUGUUCUGAAUCGUUCAGUGGGGUCUUUCUCUAACAUAUCAUGAACAUUAUAUCCAAAAAGUUGGAUUUCGUAAACUAAUACAUCCAAUUAUAAGCACCGAGCUCUGUGGAUAGAGCAGUGCCACUUCUCCCAGCGACUUUUGAGGAUUUUACAUGUUGUGGUGAUCUUCUGCAAAGUUGUUGCCGUGGGUCACAAAAACAACAUUAACAUGACACGAGCUGAAUUAAAAUGUAAAAGACUUUGAAAAUAAAAAUCUUGCUGUUCGCUCAGUGCUCCGUUGACAUUUCACAGAGAUACGCUUGUUUUUCAGAGAAAUAAAAAAUAAAUAACUGGAAUUUCACAUUAAUAUGAAAAGUGCAUACAAAAAUAUGAAGAAAAUACAUGUCAUGUCUCAAAAUCGAUAUCUAUCUUACCUCUAUAUUGUUUUAUGUCCUCCGGAUUCGAGAAGAAAGAUGACGAGUUCAAUGGUGAGCCUAUAAGUUUGCCUUAAGUCCGUUAUUUUGUAUCCUGGUUUUGGGACCACCAGUAAAGAUCAUUGUUUCACCAUCUAUGCCUACUGCCUACUGUGUAUCCUGCACCGCACCUGGGUCACACCUCACACCAACCCUUACAGAAAACAGAGCCAAUAUGGACCUAGCGGAGGCAGCACAGUAUCGUAGCGCAUUGGCAAUGCAGGGAGCCAUGCUGAACCAGCACGACCGCAGCCUGCAGCAGAUAACCGAGAAUCUCCGCCAGCUGACGAUCGCCAUGCAGAGCCGGGUGGACACCCGACCAGCCCCGGCAGCCGGCGGAGCGGAAGCCGCGGAAGCCGCAGUAGCGGCGUCUCCAGUCUCGCCUGCGACAUCGCGGGAACCCGCCUACCACCUCUGGAGAGGUACGACAGAUUUCCAGAGGGCUGCAGCGAAUUCCUCACCCAGUGUUCCCUGGUAUACAGCCUACAACCCUCCUCCUUCCCGACGGAGCAGGGCCGGGUGGCCUACAUUAUCACUCUGUUGAAAGGUUGGGCCCUUUUCUGGGCUACCACGGAGUGGGAGAGCCAAACUCCGGUGUUCUCCGACUCCUACCAAUUCACCCGGGAGCUACGCAAGGUGUUCGACACCUCUCGGGUGGUGUCAGGGCACAAGGCCGGGAGGCGUCUCACAGCCUGUCGGCAGGGUGACCGUUCGGUGGCGGACUACUCCGUGGUGUUCCGGACCCAGGCUCGAGAGGCAGGAUGGGAGGAGGCCGCCCUGGUCGUCCUUUACGUGCAGGGGCUAUUGGAUGGGAUGAAGGACGAACUCUCCUUCAGGGAGCUGCCUGAGCGACUGGACGGUCCCGUCAGGGUUCAGUGGGCCUAACUGCGCAUCGGGUGCAUGCACUGGUGGAUUUGGGGGCCGUGGGAAACCUGAUGGAUGCGGGGCUGGCCCAAGGGUGGAGCGUUCCUUUACUUUCCCUCUCCGAGCCGGUUCCGGUCAUGGGCCUGGAUGGCUGGCCGUUGGGGUUGGGCUUCAUCACCCGGCGUACUGUCCCCGUGCGUGUCCGGGUGGCAGGGGGGCUAUGGGAGGAUAUCCAGUUUUUCAUUGUGGACUCUCCGGUGUCCCCUCGUCCUCGGGCACCCCUGGCUGGUCGUCCACAAACCCUGGAUAGACCGGUCCACGGGGCGGCUCAUCCUGGAGGGAGGCUCCGCCUCCGUCUUGUUCCGGUAACCACCGACCACUCAUCAGUCCAAACCUUCUUCUUCUUGGGGAAAAAGGACGGUGGGCAGCGGCCGUGCAUUGAUUACCGGGCGCUCAACGACGUCACGGUUAAGAACCGCUACCCACUCACCCUGAUGACGAAGGCAUUCGAGUCGUUGCAGGGAGCCCCGGUCUUCACCAAGCUGGACUACGAAAUGCCUACAACCUGGUGAGGAUUCGGGAGGGGGACGAAUGGAAGACGGCUUUUAACACUCCCAGUGGGCAUUACGAGUAUCAAGUCGUGCCAUUCGGUCUAGCCAACGAGCCAGCGGUGUUCCAGGUGUUGGUCAAUGACGUGCUCCGGGACCUCCUCGACUACAGCGUCUUCGUGUAUUUGGAUGACAUCCUAAUAUUUUCAAAGGACAUGAGUGAACACCAGCAGCACGUUCGGCAGGUCCUCCAACGCCUUCUCCAUCACCAGCUUUAUGUCAAGGCGGAGAAGUGCGUAUUCCACACAGAGACAGUCUCCUUCCUGGGGUUCAUCGUCACCCAGGGGGACCUACGAAUGGACCCAGCCAAGGUCAAUGCGGUACUGGAUUGGCCCCAGCCCUCAUCCCUCAAGCAACUACAAAGGUUUUUAGGGUUCGCUAAUUUUUAUAGUUGAUUUAUUCGCAAUUUUUGCUCUCUGGCCACUCCGCUGAUAUCCCUCACCCAGACGAGCAUGCGCUCCUUCGCCUGGACCCCGGAAGUGGGGAAUGCAUUUGAUGCGCUUAAGGGGCGCUUUACAUCGGCCCCGGUCCUAGGGCAUCCUGAUCCGUCCCUACCGUUCAUUGUGGAGGUGGAUGCUUCAGACGUUGCGGUGGGAGCAAUCCUGUCCCAGCAGUUCCUCACGGACGGUAAGACCCACCCCUGCGCGUUUUUCUCCCAUCGGCUGUCCCCGGUGGAGCGGAAUUACGACGUGGGGAACCGUGAGCUGCUAGCGGUCAAGCUCGCCCUGGGGGAGUGGAGGCAUUGGCUAGAGGGGGCCACCCAUCCAUUCGUCGUAUGGACUGACAAUAAGAACUUAGCCUACAUUCAGGUGUUGUUCUUCACCAGAUUCUGGUUCACAAUCUCAUACCGUCCGGGGUCGAAGAACACCAAGCCUGACGCGCUCUCCCGGCAGUUCGACCUUGUGGACCUGGUGGAGAGGGAUGACCCCAUUGUCCCCAACACCCUGAUUGCUGCCUCAGUUUCGUAGGGAAUCGAUAGGCUGGUCAGAGCAGUGCUACGGCGGGAGCCCGAUACGGGCAGAGGUCCAUCGUAGAGGAUGUAUGUACCCAAGGCUGCGCGCUCGCGAGUGCUUCAGUGGGCGCACGCGUCCGACCUCACCAGCCAUCCGGGGGGUGCCAGGACGUUGGAGUUUACGUUUACAUUUACAUUUUCGUCAUUUAGCAGACGCUCUUAUCCAGAGCGACUUACGAAUUGGGGCAUUCACCUUAUGAUAACCAGUGGGGCAACCACUUUACAAUAUAUAUUUUUUUUCUUUGGGGUGGUGUAAGGGGGGGUAGAAGGAUUACUUUUGUCCUAUCCCAGGUAUUCCUUAAAGAGGUGGGGUUUCAAGUGUCUCCGGAAGUUGGUGAGUGACUCUGCUGUCCUGGCGUCAUGAGGGAGCUUGUUCCACCAUUGGGGUGCCAGAGCAGCGAACAGUUUUGACUGGGCUGAGCGGGAACUGUGCUUCCGCAGAGGUAGGGGGGCCAGCAGGCCAGAGGUGGAUGAACGCAAUGCCCUUGUUUGGGUGUAGGGACUGAUCAGAGCCUGAAGGUACGGAGGUGCCGUUCCCCUCACAGCUCCGUAGGCAAGCACCAUGGUCUUGGAGCAGAUGCGGGCUUCAACUGGAAGCCAGUGGAGUGUGCGGAGGAGCAGGGUGACGUGAGAAAACUUGGGAAGGUUGAACACCAGAUGGGCUGCAGCGUUCUGGAUGAGUUGUAGGGGUUUAAUGGCACAGGCAGGGAGCGCAGCCAACAGCGAGUUUCAGUAAUCCAGACGGGAGAUGACAAGUGCCUGGAUUAGGACCUGUGCCGCUUCCUGUGUAAGGUAGGGUCGUACUCUGCGAAUGUUGUAGAGCAUGAACCUACUGGAUCGGGUCAUCGCUUUGAUGUUAGCGGAGAACGACAGGGUGUUGUCCAGGGUCACGCCAAGGUUCUUUGCACACUCCACUGGCUUCCAGUUGAAGCCCUCUGGGAGGAGGACACAACGGAGUUGUCAACCGUGAUAGCGAGAUCAUGGAGCGGGCAGUCCUUCCCCGGGAGGAAGAGCAGCUCCGUCUUGCCGAGGUUCAGCUUGAGGUGGUGAUCCGUCAUCCACACUGAUAUGUCUGCCAGACAUGCAGAGAUACGAUUCGCCACCUGGUUAUCAGAAGGGGGAAAGGAGAAGAUUAAUUGUGUGUCGUCUGCGUAGCAAUGAUUGGAGAGACCAUGUGAGGAUAUGACAGAGCCAAGUGACUUGGUGUAUAGAGAGAAUAGGAGAGGGCCUAGAACUGAGCCCUGGGGGACACCAGUGGUGAGAGCACGUGGUGCGGAGACAGAUUCUCGCCAUGCCACCUUGUGGGAGCGACCUGUCAGGUAGGAUGCAAUCCAAGAGUGAGCCGCGCCGGAGAUGCCCAACUCGGAGAGGGUGGAGAGGACGAUCUGAUGGUUCACAGUAUCAAAGGCAGCAGAUAGGUCUAGAAGGAUGAGAGCAGAGGAGAGAGAGUUAGCUUUAGCAGUGCGGAGAGCCUCCGUGACAGAGAGAAGAGCAGUCUCAGUUGAAUGACCAGUCUUGAAACCUGACUGGUUUGGAUCAAGAAUGUCAUUCUGAGAGAGAUAGCAAGAGAGUUGGCUAAAGACGGCACGCUCAAGAGUUUUGGAGAGAAAAGAAAGAAGGGAUACUGUUCUGUAGUUGCUGACAUCGGAGGGAUCGAGUGUAGGUUUUUUGAGAAGGGGUGCAACUCUCACUCUCUUGAAGACGGAAGGGACAUAGCCAGUGGUCAAGGAUGAGUUGAUGAGCGAGGUGAGGUAAGGGAGAAGGUCUCCCUUACCUCAUGGUCUGGAGAAGAGAGGAGGGGAUAGGGUCAAGCGGGCAGGUUGUUGGGCGGCCGGCCGUCACAAGUCGCAAGAUUUCAUCUGGAGAGAGAGGGGAGAAAGAAGUCCUGAGUGGCGCAGUGGUCUAAGGCACUGCAUCGCAGUGCUAACAGUGCCACUAGAGAUCCUGGUUCGAAUCCAGGCUCUGUCGCAGCCGGCCGCGACCGGGAGACUCAUGGGCGGCGCACAAUUGGUCCAGGGUAGGGGAGGGAAUGGCCAGCAGGGAUGUAGCUCAGUUGAUAGAGCAUGGCGUUUGCAACACCAGGGUUGUGGGUUCGAUUCCCAUGGGGGGCCAGUAUAAAAAAUAUAUAUAUAUGUAGUCACUAACUGUAAGUCGCUCUGGAUAAGAGCGUCUGCUAAAUGACUAAAAUGUAAAAAUGUAAGUCAAAGCAUAGGGUAGUGCAGGAUCAGCUGUGUCAUUUGACUUAAUGAAUGAGGAUCGGAUGUCGUCAACCUUCUUUUCAAAAUGGUUGACGAAGUCAUACACAGAGAGAGAGGAAGGAGGGAGAGGGAGGAAGGAGGGAGGAGGGAGAGGGAGGAAGGAGGGAGGGGGAGGAGGAGGAGGAUUCAGCAGGGAGGAGAAGGUGGCAAAGAGCUUCCUAGGUGUUAGAGGCAGAGGCUUGAAAUUUAGAGUGGUUGAAAGUGGCUUUAGCAGCAGAAACAGAGGAAGAAAAUGUAGAGAGGAGGGAGUGAAAAGAUGACAGGUCGGCAGGGAGUCUAGUUUUCCUCCAUUUCCGCUCGGCUGCCCGUAGCCCUGUUCUGUUAGAUCGCAAUUAGUCGUCAAUCUACGGAGCAGGAGUGGAGGACCGAGCCGGCCGGGAGGAUAGGGGACAUAGAGAGUCAAAAGAUGCAGAACGGGAGGAGAGGAGGGUUGAGGAGGCAGAAUCAGGAGAUUGGAGGGAGAAGGAUUUAGCAGAGGGAAGAGAUGAUAGGAUGGAAGAGGAGAGAGUAGCGGGAGAGAGAGUGAAGGUCGCGACGGCGCAUUACCAUCUGAGUAGGGGCAGAGUGAGUAGUGUUGGAGGAGAGCGAGAGAGAAAAGGAUACAAAGUAGUGGUCGGAGACUUGGAGGGGAGUUGCAGUGAGAUUAGUAGAAGAACAGCAUCUAGUAAAGCGUAUUGCCUGCCUUGUGAGUAGGGGGAGACGGUGAGAGGGUGAGGUCAAAAGAGGAGAGGAGUGGAAAGAAGGAGGCAGAGAGAAAUUAGUCAAAGGUAGACGUAGGGAGGUUAAAGUUACCCAGAACUGUGAGGGGUGAGCCAUCCUCAGGAAAGGAACUUAUCAAGGCGUCAAGCUCAUUGAUGAACUCUCCAAGGGACCUGGAGGGCGAUAAAUGAUAAGGAUGUUAAGCUUGAAUGGGCUAGUGACUGUGACAGCAUGGAAUUCAAAUGAGGAGAUAGACAGAUGGGUCAGGGGAGAAAGAGAGAAUGUCCACUUGGGAGAGAUGAGGAUUCCUGUGCCAUCGCCCCGCUGACCAGAUGCUCUCGGGGUAUGCGAGAACACAUGGUCAGAUGAGGAGAGAGCAGUAGGAGUAGCAGUGUUUUCUGAAGUAAUCCAUGUUUCCGUCAGCGCCAAGAAGUCGAGGGACUGGAGGGUAGCAUAGGCUGAGAUGAACUCUGCCUUGUUGGCCGCAGAACGGCAGUUCCAGAGGCUGCCGGAGGCCUGGAACUCCACGUGGGUCGUGCGUGCAGGGACCACCAGGUUAGAGAGGCAGCAGCCACGCUGUGUGAGGCGUUUGUAUGGCCUGUGCGGUUAGGAGAGAACAGGGAUAGACAGAAACAUAGUUGACAGGCUACAGAAAAGGCUACACUAAUGCAAAGGAGAUCGGAAUGAAAUUAACUAAACAUCUGGGGAAGCGAGGCCUCCCUCACUAACCUUUCACUGAAACACUCAAAUACAACUCUUCCAACUUCAACUUUAGAAACUAUAAUUGCUGUAAACUACAGUUGUUCAAUGUUUCCAGGAAUAGACUAACUUAGUUUAUUCAACUAGCUAACUUGGUACAGUAUUCUUCUGUGAAAAUCACUCAGGGCACUGUAUCCUAUGACGCCAUAGCUAACUAGCAUGCUAGCAUCCAAUAACACACGGUUUAGCACCAAUACUUGGUUACAACAAACUACCAAUGGAUCAUUCAUGUCCGUGUCUAGUUCCUUUCAUAACGCAGAAGUAAUUAAACGUUGGCUAGCUAGCACGAAGUCAGUCAUGCUAGCUACACAAGUGGACAACACAUCUCGAAUGUUCAGAAAGUGAAGCUUACGUUGCAAAAUUCUCAUUGACUAAAAUGAUACAGUACUGCUAGCUGGUAAUGUUGGCUAGAUAGCAGUGGCUGCGGUGUUGACAGUUUGAAAAUGUAGCUGGCUAGCUAACCUCGAUAGUUUCUCUAUACUACACCUUUGUCUUUGAUACCAAGACAACUAUGUAGCUAGCUAACUUUACACUGAUCAAAUCGUUCCAUUGAAAUGUAUUUAGUUGCUACAGUACUGCUAGCUGGUAUAGUUGGCCAGCUAGCAGUGGCUACGGUGUUGCUACCCGCUAGCUAGCUAGCUUUAAUGGUCCAGGUAGUGGGUUAGCUAGCUAGCCUGGUGCUUCACCGGGCUCAGCCGAAUACACUACAAUACUUACCUACAAUAACUACCUACAAUAACUACCUGGAUAAACUACCUACAAUACCUAACUACAAUACCUACCUACAAUCUAAAUGCAUGGUUUAAGCUUUACUCGACACAUAUAAAAAAGAAGCCAAGCUUACCUCCCCACUUAGAGGAACACAACCUCACCCCAUCGCUCCUCAGGUACGGAGGAGGAGCGGUCCUGGGUGCCCAGGAGGAACAUUCUGGACCCAGGCCUGAUAACAACAUUCCGUCGCCUUCACCCGGAGGCGCCGAGGUGAACGCCUGGGGCUGUUUGUCAGGGGGUACUGUUACAGGAGGGGGUCGCAGUUCCGGAGCAACCCACAAGGUGUCAUCCUCUGACAUCUUUAGGAACCUCCUCACUCACAGUCUGGACUAAACAUUAUCCUAUUGGUGUCACCUGUGUCUACCUGUUCACCUGUGUAUUUAUGCCCUCACUUCCCUGUGUUCCCUUGCUCUGUUUUCUCUGCUAGUUCUCGAUGCAAAACAGUACUAAUCAGUGUCUGAUCGCGAGACGUAUGUACAGGUACUUGAGAAGUGUUCUCCCUGUUUCAUUGUUGUUUUCAGACGUAGUAAGUAUUUCGUAUGUUUGCUGUCAGCCUGUUUUUGGAGACCAAUUUGCUCCUCCUUUAUUUUUUCAUGACAAGUCGGUUAUUUUGUAUCCCGGUUUUGGGACCACCAGUAAAGAUCCUUGUUUCACCAUCUCUACCUACUGCCUACUGUCUAUCCUGCACCGCACCUGAGUCACACAUCACACCAACCCUUACAGUAGAGGUGCUGAGAUCAGUGGCAUUGAGAGUGCAGAUUGGAAAAGCGAUCAAAGAGGGAGAGGAUGAGAUGACAGAUCCUUGCUGCUCUGCUGUCUCUGGUCUGUCUGAGAGGAUCCGGCUCUCACAUUCACACUAAUCUAGGCCUCCAUUAUCAUGGAGCACACCCGCCUGAAAUAUUCCACUGGUCUGAAAUACAAUAGUCCCACUUUGAUUCAAUCCCACUUCCAUGGAACCUAGCAUCUGGAAUAGGGAACUUCUUACUUAUUUUCUUAUUAGCCUAACAGCAGAUACUAUAAAUGUUGCUGGCCCUGGGGCUGAGGCUAUCCUCAAGUAAAAGGUGACCCCAUUGUGCUGGACUGUCACCAUGAUACAGUGCAGUACCUAACCCAGAGUCUCUCUCUGUGUCCAUGCAGAGGUGUCUGUUUCAUUUGAUAGAGAAUCGUCAGUGACCUACACCUUCCAGGAGCCUUUCUCUGUGAUGCAGAACAGGAGCUCCCAGGCCUCCAGCGUCUACAGAGAGAGCAGCAGGGCCAGAGAGAACAUGGCUUUCAGCUUCAUGACCACACAAAGCCCUGCCAUGCUGCUCACUAUCAGCACCUUCAGCCAGCAGUACAUAGCAGUCAUCCUGGCACGCAACGGUAUGGACCCCUCUACUAAUUUUUCACUAUAAUAAAUAAGGAUUAUCAAGGUAGGAUUCAUACCACUGAAUUCCCGGUUUAACCCAGUUUGUGUUGUGAUCUACAGGGAGUCUCCAGAUCUGGUAUUGUCUCCAUGUUGACAGAAAGCCAGAUGUGUUCAGCCCCAGCCCUAGAAGCCUGGCAGAUGGACGCCUCCACCGUAUCAGAAUCGACCGUCAGGGAAAAGAUGUCUACCUACAGGUGAGAGAAGGAUACAUAUGGGAUGUUUACAUCAAAGGGAUGUAUAAACAUUUGGGAUGUUUACAUUUGCAUGUGUCAAAGGGAAAUGUAGACGCAGGGGAGUGAAGAGAGUGAGGAGCAGGGGAGUGAAGAGCGUGAGGAGCAGGGGAGUGAAUAGAGUGAGGAGCCGGGGAGUGAAGAGAGUGAGGAGCAGGGGAGUGAGAGAGUGAGGAGCAGGGGAGUGAAGAGAGUGAGGAGCAGGGGAGUGAAGAGAGUGUGGAGCAGGGGAGUGAAGAGAGUGAGGAGCAGGGGAGUGAAGAGAGUGAGGAGCAGGGGAGUGAAGAGAGUGAGGAACAGGGGAGUGAAGAGAGUGAGGAGCAGGGGAGUGAAGAGAGUGAGGAGCAGGGGAGUGAAGAGAGUGAGGAGCAGUGGAGUGAAGAGAGUGGGGAGCAGGGGAGUGAAGAGAGUGCGGAGCAGGGGAGUGAAGAGAGUGAGGAGCAGGGGUGAAGAGAGUGAGGAGCAGGGGAGUGAAGAGAGUGAGGAGCAGGGGAGUGAAGAGAGUGAGGAGCAGGGGAGUGAAGAGGAUAUGUACAAGGUGUAUUGAAAUAGUUGGUGCUAUAAAAAUAAAUGUAAAAUAUAAAAGAUGACAUGUGAGCAGAGAGAGGAACUACGCUGUACUUGGUCACCAUGAGAAAAAAUAUAAUUACAUUUACAUUUACAUUUACAUCAUUUAGCAGACAAUCUUAUCCAGAGCGACUUACAAAUUGGUGCAUUCAACUUAUGAUAGCAAGUGGGACAACCACUUUUUCCUUCUUUUUUUUAUGGGGGGGUGGGGGAGGGGGGGGGUAGAAGGAUGACUUUAUACUAUUCCAGGUAUUCUUUAAAGAGGUAGGGUUUCAAGUGUCUCCAGAAAGUGGUCAGUGACUCCGCUGUCCUGGUGUCGUGGGGGAGCUAGUUCCACCAUUGGGGUGCCAUAGCAGCAAAUAGCUUUGACUGGGCUGAGCGGGAACUGUGCUUCUGUAGAGGUAGGGGAGCUAGCAGGCCAGAGGUGGAUGAACGUAGUGCCCUCGUUUGGGUGUAGGGUCUGAUCAGAGCCUGAAGGUAAGGAGGUGCCGUUCCCCUCACAGCUCCGUAGGCAAGCACCAUGGUCUUGUAGUAGAUGCGAGCCUCAACUGGAAGCCAGUGGAGUGUGCGGAGGAGCGGGGUGACAUGAGAGAACUUGGGAAGGUCGAACACCAGACGGGCUGCGGCAUUCUGGAUAAGUUGUAGGGAUUUAAUGGCACAGGCAGGGAGCCCGGCCAACAGCGAGUUGCAGCAAUCCAGACGGGAGAUGACAAGUGCCUGGAUUAGGACCUGUGCCGCUUUCUGUGUAAGAUAGGGUCGUACUCUGCGAAUGUUGUAGAGCAUGAACCUGCAGGAUCGGGUCACCGCUUUGAUGUUAGCGGAGAACGACAGGGUGUUGUCCAGGGUCACGCCAAGGUUCUUUGCACUCUGGGAGGAGGACACAAUGGAGUUGUCAACCGUAAUGGCGAGAUCAUGGAGCGGGCAGUCCUUCCCCAGGAGGAAGAGCAGCUCCGUCUUGCCAAGGUUCAGCUUGAGGUGGUGAUCCGACAUCCACACUGAUAUGUCUGCCAGACAUGCAGAGAUACGAUUCGCCACCUGGUUAUCAGAAAUUAAUUGUGUGUUGUCUGCGUAGCAAUGAUAGGAAAGACCAUGUGAGGAUAUGACAGAGCCAAGUGACUUGGUGUAUAGAGAGAAUAGGAGAGCGCCUAGAACUGAGCCCUGGGGGACACCAGUGGUGAGAGCACGUGGUGCGGAGACAGAUUCUCGCCACGCCAACUGGUAGGAGCAACCUGUCAGGUAGGACGCAAUCCAAGAGUGAGCAGCGCUGGAGAUGCCCAACUCGGAGAGGGUGGAGAGGAGGAUCUGAUGGUUCACAGUAUCAAAGGCAGCGGAUAGUUAGCUUUAGCAGUGCGGAGAGCCUCCGUGACACAGAGAAGAGCAGUCUCAGUUGAAUGACCAGUCUUGAAACCUGACUGGUUUGGAUCAAGAAGGUCAUUCUGAGAGAGAUAGCAGGAGAGUUGGCUAGAGAUGGCACGCUCAAGAGUUUUGGAGAGAAAAGAAAGAAGGGAUACUGGUCUGUAGUUGUUGACAUCGGAGGGAUCGAGUGCAGGUUUUUUGAGGAGGGGUGCAACUCUCGCUCUCUUGAAGACGGAAGGGACAUGGCCAGUGGUCAAGGAUGAGUUGAUGAGCGAGGUGAGGUAAGGGAGAAGGUCUCCGGAAAUGGUCUGGAGAAGAGAGGAGGGGAGGGGAUAGGGUCAAGUUGGCAGGUUGUUGGGUGGCCGGCCGUCACAAGUCGCAAGAUUUCAUCUGGAGAGAGAGGGGAGAAAGAAGUCAAAGCAUAGGGUAGGGCAGUGUGAGCAGGACCAGCGGUGUCAUUUGUCUUAGUAAAUGAGGAUUGGAUGUCGUCAACCUUCUUUUCAAAAUGGUUGAUGAAGUCAUCCACAGAGAAGGAGGAGGGAGUGGGAGGAGGAGGAUGAUUCAGCAGGGAGGAGAAGGUGGCAAAGAGCUUCCUAGGGUUAGAGGCAGAGGCUUGAAAUUUAGAGUGGUAGAAAGUGGCUUUAGCAGUGGAAACAGAGGAAGAGAAUGUAGAGAGGAGGGAGUGAAAAGAUGACAGGUCCGCAGGGAGUCUAGUUUUCCUCCAUUUCCCCUCUUCUGUGAGCUCGCAAUGAGUCGUCAAGCCACGGAGCAGGAGGGGAGGACCGAGCCGGCCGGGAGGAUAGGGGACAUAGAGAGUCAAACGAUGCAGAAAGGGAGGAGAGGAGGGUUGAGGAGGCAGAAUCAGAAGAUUGGAGGGAGAAGGAUUUAGCAGAGGGAAGAGAUGAUAGGAUGGAAGAGGAGAGAGUAGCGGGAGAGAGAGAGCGAAGGUUGCGACGGCACAUUAUCAUCUGAGUAGGGGCAGAGUGAGUAGUGUUGGAGGAGAGCGAGAGAGAAAAGGUAGUAGUGGUCGGAGACUUGGAGGGGAGUUGCAGUGAGAUUAGUAGAAGAACAGCAUCUAGUAAAGAUGAGGUCAAGCGUAUUGCCUGCCUUGUGAGUAGGGGGAGACGGUGAGAGGGUGAGGUCAAAAGAGGAAAGGAGUGGAGGAAGGAGGCAGAGAGAAAUUAGUCAAAGGCAGACAUAGGGAGGUUAAAGUCACCAGAACUGUGAGGGGUGAGCCAUCCUCAGGAAAGGAACUUAUCAAAGCGUCAAGCUCAUUGAUGAACUCUCCAAGGGAACCUGGAGGGCGAUAAAUGACAAGGAUGUUAAGCUUGAAUGGGCUAGUGACUGUGACAGCAUGGAAUUCAAAUGAGGAGAUAGACAGAUGGGUCAGGGGAGAAAGAGAGAAUGUACACUUGGGAGAGAUGAGGAUUCCUGUGCCACCGCCGCGCUGACCAGAUGCUCUCGGGGUAUGCGAGAACACAUGGUCAGACGAGGAGAGAGCAGUAGGAGUAGCAGUGUUUUCAGUGGUAAUCCAUGUUUCCGUCAGCGCCAAGAAGUCGAGGGACUGGAGGGUAGCAUAGGCUGAGAUGAACUCUGCCUUGUUGGCUGCAGAACGGCAGUUCCAGAGGCUGCCAGAGACCUGGAACUCCACGUGGGUCGUGCGUGCAGGGACCACCAGAUUAGAGUGGCAACAGCCACGUGGUGUGAAGCGUUUGUAUGGCCUGUGCAGAGAGGAGAGAACAGGGAUAGACAGACACAUAGUUGACAGGCUACAGAGAAAGGCUACAAUAAUGCAAAGGAGAUCGGAAUGAAAUGAACUAAACAUCUGGGAAAGCGAGAGAGGGGGGCCUCCCUCACUUACGUUUCACUGAAACACUCAAAUAUAAUUGUUUUAAACUACAGCGGUUCAAUGUUUUUAUGAAUAGACUCUAACUUAGUUUAUUCAGCUAGCUAACUUGGUACACCGAAUCCUAUGACGCCAAAGCCAACUAGCAUGCCAGCCUCCAAUAACACGGUUUAGCACCAAUACUCGGUUACAACAAACCACCAGUGUGUUAACACGCCAAGCAGAUCAUUCGUGUCCGUGUCUAAAGUUGUGUAAAGUUUUGGGUUAGUUUUGACAGUUUGAGUGAGUACGUCGUCAAUUACGGUAGCUAACACUAACCAAUGUGUUGGAUUGACCAAGUAUACUGUAUGUGGUUGAAUGUGUUAUUCACACCUUCUUGUCCUUUUUCCCUUUCCCACUCAACUAGAUUGACAAGGACAUGAACCUAAAGUACAGCCUGUCAUCAGACACAGAGUUAAUCUCCAUCAAAUCACUGACUUUGGGGAAAGUCACAGGUGAGCCCACCAGAGAAAUGAGGACCUGUUGGUUAAUGUAGUUUGAAAUGACGGAAUGACUGGGGGCUACUGUCAAAGUUUUAUUUCUAUAUGGAAGAAAGAAACAGCCUAGGACAUGGUUGCAGGGAUUUGGAGAAUCAGUCUUUGCAAUAAUAGCAAAGCUUGUAAGCUGGAAGAGAUAGAAGAGACGUGUCAGUAAUAUUACAUGUGAUAUAGGAAUUCUAAGAAUUAGAUUUGGUCAAAUAUCUUAAUCACUUCUUGCAUCUGCUGUAGAAUUGACAAACAGAUGGGGAGGGGUGUGAGCCACUCCCAUCACCACCCCACCAGGACAUUGUAUCUGUCUAAUAAUAAAUAAAUAAAUACAAUAAUAAUCAGUCUCACGUUGCACGCACCGCAAAUCUUGGGAGUAUUGCACUCAAGCUUAUCACUUUGAGCAUUAGUCAGAAGCUAAAUGGAACUCUUAUGUAAAUAAAGCCUAAUUUGUCUAACAGAGAUUCGCAAUAGCUUGGGGAACUAGCAAAUCUAUGCUAAUUGACAACACAAUUUACUUUUUAAAACAAAUGUAUUCAUCUUAUCAUUAAGGUACCGCAGAUCCCCACGGAUGAAUACAUUUUAAAUAGAGAUUUUGAGAGGAACAUUAUUUUUUGGACAUUGGUCAUUGGCAAUGUAUAAGAUAUUUAGAGCCAUUGAACAAAACAUAUUAAACACAGGCCUAUAAGCCUUAAUCAUCUAAUGGUAAUUGCUGUAUUUCCAACUUUUUCAUCAAACUCAUAAAAAAUCAUGAGGGUAGAGUUAAACAGACAAAAUCAAAUCUCCAUCAUGUAUGCCAAAUCUGGCCUUUUACUAUAUAGGACAUAACAUUCCCUCUAGGGUAUGCUGUUUAUCUCUCUCAGUCACAUUCUAUUCAUAUGACUUCAGCACAGCACAACAGCAUCCACUUGUUAUCUAAAGGAUCAAAGGAAAGACAUGUACCUUCUUGGCUGGGUUAUGUCUCCUAGGGACCUAUUAAGUCAAAAUGAAUGCUGCAGCUCCACAAACAACGAUCAAUGAUAGACCAUGGUGGCGAUGAUCAUUGUACAACUGUUUUGGGGGCAACUACUUCCUCUACAGCAAAUUUGUCCCCCAUUGGAAGUAUGCUGGUAAUUAUAGAUUUCAAACCAAUUAGAUAUUAUUAUUUUAAAGGGAAGAUGCUGUUGAAUGUUCACUCACAUGGUCUGAUUAGCUCCAUUAUUUAACUAUAGAAUGUUUUAUAUAGGAAGAAGACCAUAUCUUUAGAGGAAUGACAGGCACACUCCUAUCUCUGUUGUAUCUUAUAUUCCCAUCUACUCUUGUCCUUAACACAAAUCAAAAUAGUAAAUUGCAUCUCAGCUCUCCUAUCUCUGAUUAAUUAUAUUCAAGUGCUUUAAGCAGCCAUGAUGCUAUCUGUAUAUGUGGCAGUCGUUAUGAUUACUUUCCUGCAAAUUAUGAGGAAUCUUUAAAUAAACGUAUUGUGUAGCUCUAAUUUCAUUUGCAUACAUUUCAUAUGCAAUUACAGACUCUCUCAUUGAACAUAACAAGCAGGGACAAUUUUCAUACAGUCUCAAGAGAGCCUGCUCAAUGGGUCAUAUCUCACAUUGACAAACAGAGAUUGCUAUAAGGGAUACUAUACAACAUGCACAUUAGUCAAAUGUAUGCACGCAUGACUGUAAGUCACUUUUGAUAGAAGUGUCUGCUAAAUGGCAUAUAUUAUAUAACUAUUAUUCAAAGUUAGAUACUGUUGUAAUUGUGGCAGUCGUGGAUGUUUGAAUGUUUUAUUAACAUCCAGAUGAAUAGAUAAAUCAGUGAGUCCCCUACUUAUUGUUUACAGGAGUGGAUGCUGUGGAUGAGGAAGUGAUGCGGGCAGGAUCUAAGGGCUUCAUUGGCUGUCUGUCAUCAGUCCAGUUUAAUCACAUGGCUCCACUGAAGGCAGUGCUACUUAACCGUGGCAGCUCAUUGGUCACUGUUCGAGGUCACCUGGUGGAGUCUAACUGUGGGACGCUGGCUGACUCGACAAUAUUGCACUCUCAAUCAGGUAUUGUAUGAUGUAUUCAAAAUGUAAUGUAUUUCUGCCAUUUUGGAAGAGGUGGGGUACAAAGAUUAACUGUAUUUAACUUGUAUAGUUUUAACUGUGGAAAAUGUCAUUUAAAGUAACUAUCCGGCUAUAAUUAAUGAGCUAUAAUUAAUAACAAUAUAAGUGAAAUCGUUUUUCCUUCCAAGUUUUUUCUUCCAAGUAUGCUAAAAAGCAGCUUUUCUGUGUUUGAAUUGUGUGGGCGUACCCCAAUAUGAGAAUGGUGUGGGUGUUAGUGAUGUGCGGGUUGACUCAUAACCCACAGUCCCCACGAUUAUAUCUGCAGGUUUAGGGUCAUGAAGUAUUGUGUGGAUGAAGGGCGGGUGGGGGGUGGUCGGGCUGAAUGAAGAGAACACAAUACCUUAAAAAAUCCAUAAAUGUAUCAUUAUUGUGCAAUUUAUAUCUAUAGGCUACAUUGAGGUUUUUCUUUCAUUAUUUUAGGCUAUCUGGCAUUAGUGUGUAAGCCUAAACUUUAGGGCCUAACUGUAUGGGCGCCAAAUAGCCUAUACGCCAAUCGCCAAAUACUUUUGGGAACAAGCAGAAAAAGUUAACGUUGAUCCACGGAGGCAAAAAGCUGCAAAAUGGAGAGUUGAAAUUAAAGAGAAGGCAGGGCCAGAAAAGUAAUGUUUGGGAAAGAUUUGGUGAAGUGGUAAAAGAGGAUGAUAUCAGUGCCGGCUAUGUUGUGUGAUGAUUUUGAGGCGCUAUACAAAUUUGACAGUCACAAGACACGGACUUCAAAUAGGCCUACUGUAGCCUACUGUUCAGAUGGGUUAAAUGGAAACUGAAAUCUGGACACUGACUGUCACACCCUGACUUAUGGGACUCUUGUAUGUUGAGUCAGGGUGUGGAGAUCUAUGUCAUUAUUUCUAUGUUCACAUUCUAGUUAUUGUAUUUCUACGUUUGGCCGGGUGUGAUUCCCAAUCAGAGGCAGCUGUCGCUCGUUGUCUCUGAUUGGGGAUCAUACUUAAGUUGCCUGGUUGCAAUCAUUAGUUGUGGGAUCUUGUUCCGUGUGUAGGCUUGUUUUGUGUUUAGCCUGAGGACUUCACGUUACGUUGGUUUGUUGUUUUGUUCGUGUGUUUAUUCGUUGAAAUAAAAAUGUAUGCAUUUCACGCUGUGCCUUGGUCUGACCCGUCCUUAAACGAACGUAACAGAAGAUCCCACCAAACAAGGACCAAGCAGCGUGCCCAGGAGCAAACACCCUGGACACAGGUGGGGAAGAUUUGGUCUUGGGAGGAGAUAUUUGCGGGGAAAGGACCAUGGGCGAAGGUAGAUGCCCAGGCAGGAGAGGAGCAACGGCCAGCUGAGGAGGAAGCCCGAGAGGCAGCCCCAAUAAAAAAAAAAUUGGGGGGCUAAAGGGGUGGUCGGGGAGCGAGAGAGAAGAGCCCCGACCACUGCACCCGGUGGGUUUCCAGGUUGAGUCCCUACGACCAUGGGAAGAAGAGUGGGAACAGUUUUAUACUGAGGAGUCGGAGGAUGACGACAAUGAUGAGUUUCUGUUCCUUAACUCCCGGAGGAGUCCUCACUGGAGGAGGAGAGCCGAGAGAGAGAGAAGGAUCGGAUCAGCAGGGUAAGAGAGGAGGCCACCACAUUACGGGGGCUGAUAGCAAGAAUAGAGCGGGAGAGCUCCAUUCAAGAGGAGGCACUGCAGGAGGCUCAUAGGGAGAAGGAGGAAGUAGAUGCACGGAGAGAGGAGCUGGUUAGGCAACAUAAGGAGCGUGGGUUAAUAGAGGAACCCAUGUAUGCGGAGAUACGCACUGUAUCGCCAGUGCGCAUGCACAGCCCAGUGCGUUCUGUACCAGCGCCCCGCACGUGUCGUGCGAAAGUGGGCAGCCAGCCAGGACGGGUUGUGCCGGCUCAACGCUCCUGGUCUCCAGUGCACCUCCAGGGUCCAGUAUAUCCUGCUCCGGUUCUACGCAAUGUGUCACCAGUGCACCUCACCAGUCCUGUACGGCCCGUACCUGCUCCUCGCACCAAGCCAGUGGUGUGUGUCCCCAGUCUGGCCCGGCCUGUUCCUGCUCCUCGCACCAGACCAGUGGUGCGUGUUCCCAGUCCGGUCCGGCCCGUUCCUGCUCCUCUCACCAAGCCAGUGGUGCGUGUUCCCAGUCCGGUCCGGCCCGUUCCUGCUCCUCUCACCAAGCCAGUGGUGCGUGUUCCCAGUCCGGCCCGGCCAGUUCCUGUUCCUCGCACCAAGCCAAUGGUGCGUGUCGCCAGCCCGGUACGACCCGUGCUUGCUUCCCGCACCAAGCCAGAGUAGUCCGUUCCACCGGGGUCCAAUCCAGCUCUGGUCAGCAGCUCCACUCCGGAGCCAGAGCAGUCUGCUCCACCGGUGCCUAGUCCAGCUCCGGUCAGCGGCUCCAGUCCAGACCCAGACGUCAGCCCCUCUCCAGGUUCGGGGUCUCCCACAUCAGGGCCCAGACAGGGCUUGGUGCAUCGUGGGAGGAAGGAGAGGGGAAGCAGCACGCCGAGGUCCAGACCAGACCAGGGGCGCAACGGGGAGGCUGAGAGAAUGUGGUCGUCACGCCCGGAGCCGGAUCCGCCUCCGAGGGGGAAUGCCCACCCGGACCCUACCCUGUUAUGUCAGGUUUGUGCGGUCGGAGUCCGCACCUUUGGAGGGGGGUACUGUCACACCUUGACUUAUGGGACUCUUGUAUGUUGAGUCAGGGUGUGGAGAUCUAUGUAAUUAUUUCUAUGUUCACAUUCUAGUUAUUGCAUUUCUAUGUUUGGCCGGGUGUGAUUCCCAAUCAGAGGCAGCUGUCGCUCAUUGUCUCUGAUUGGGGAUCAUACUUAAGUUGCCUGGUUGCAAUCAUUAGUUGUGGGAUCUUGUUCCGUGUGUAGGCUUGUUUUGUGUUUAACCUGAGGACUUCACGUUACGUUGGUUUGUUGUUUUGUUCGUGUGUUUAUUCGUUGAAAUAAACAUGUAUGCAUUUCAUGCUGUGCCUUGGUCUGACCCAUCCUUAAACGAACGUGACACUGACUGUAGGUCUAUAACCUCUCACAUAGCCUCUAUAUUUUGACUAUAGAACAGGAGUGGAAAAAUAUGAUUUCUUUCUUUCAGCAUCUUGAGAGAAUGUGAAUGCGCAGUUAGAUACUGUGUGUAGAGGUACUGUCUUUAUCAGUAUAAUAAAAGCUGAUAGUAUUUCAACCACAUAAAAUGUACAUCCAAGCCGAACUGAAAUCUUAUCAGAAACAUGUUGGGUCGUUUUCACAACUUUCUAUUUCCUUACGACCGGUCCCUAAACGUCUUUGCUCCGCCAAAGAAGCCGAGAUGACAGAGAAAACUGUACUGAUGUCAACUAGAUUGAAGCAUUAAUUCUAUCGAUGUAUUACAUUAUUCUGGUGAGCAAGGGUUUAUUUAGUCUUCUAGGUCAACAUAUAAUGACAGGAGAGAAGCUGCAUGUAUAUAAAUAUAGACAAGUUGACUUACAAAUAGCUUACCAAAAUGUUGGAAAUUAUAAGGAGAAACGUCCUGCACCCCCUGUCAAAAAAUUGUUCCGCCGUUUCUGACUGUAGCUUACAGCGCAUUUUAGUCGGGAGCGGGCCUCAGAUUUUCACUUGAUCACAUAUAGUCGGGCGGAUGGAUUAUUAGCAAUUGCAGGUGGGUGGGGUUGAACAAAUAGCUGAUCCGCGCACCACUAGUGGGUGCAUACCGGUCAUUUAUAAUAUUAAUGAGAAGUAAACAGCUGAUUGGGCAGCUCAGCCACUGAGCCAACUUGUCUUUUUUAUUUAACUAGGCAAGUCAGUUAAGAACAAAUUCUUAUUUACAAUGACAGCCUACACCGGCCACCGGCCAAACCAAUGACGACGCUGGGUCAAUUGUGCGCCGCCCUUUGGGACUCCCAAUCACGGCCGGUUGUGAUACAGCCUGGAAUCGAACCAGGGGGUCUGUAGUGACACCUCAAGCACUGAGAUGCAGUGCCUUAGACCACUGUGCCACUCGGGAGCCAAAAAAUGAGGAAAUAGCAAGCAUUUUUUAAACACUGUUUGAGAUACAAGUUUGAGAUGGGAUUUUUAAAAUAAUUUUUGGGUGUUAUUUAUGCUUUGCCCACAAAUGUGAGUAUAGGAAGAGUCAACAUUAUUUGUGUAUAAGUUAACAGAAUAUGAGCCUUCAAAAGUGAGAUUUUCACCAGACACAGUUACUUUAAUAUUUCAAUUUUGUCAACACUGAAGCCGUGAUUGUUUUCAGUCUGUCAGAUUCUUCCAUUGUCACAAUGAUGGUACCCAAGUGAAUGUUGCUUAUUAUUUUAUGUUUGUUUUUCAUCCAUAUCCUUCGGUCGCCCAGUUCUCAAACAAACGAGAGAUCAAUGAUCUAAUCCAUUCCUCAUGAUGUCACCGCUCUCUCUUCCCUCCUCCGGUAGAUCAUUCAGAGACUGUCGGCAGAGGCAAAGGGCCAUUAAGGAAGGUUUCAAAAAGCAACUCGGCGGUAAUUGGAGGUGAGUUUUCCAAUUCAGAGUUGUUAAAGUGCUCAAUUGCAAAAGUCAAUGUGAUGUGAAAUGUGCCCCAGCGAUCUCUGCCUUUCUCAUCAGACGUUUUCUAGGAAUAAUGGAAUAAUGUGUGUCUGUCAAGAUAGGAUAACAUGCUACAAUUUAAGGCAUUUCCAGCCCUGGAGAGACAUCCAAAGUAAUUACCCAGAAGUGAUGUUAUUUGAACUGUAAAGUAAAAGGUCUUGUAAAUUGACUUUCAGUCAGAUAUGAUUGUAUGCCAUGGAGAUAAUGGAAUGACUGAUCUAUAUAUUCCUAAGUCAAUUUCUAAGUCAAUUCCUAGUGAGACAUUUUUGUCAAGGGAUUUUAAGUUCAAACUCACAAUUAUCUCAGUGCCACUGAAGUUAAAAGAUAUGAAAAGCCAUUUUGCUGAGCCUAAACAGCCAAAUUACAAUCAAAUCAAAUGUUAUUCGUCACAUGCUUUGUAAACAACAGGUGUAGACCAACAGUGAAAUGCUUACUUUUGGGCCCUUCCCAACAAUGCAGAGAGAGAGAAAUUACUUAAUAGAUAUAAUACAGACACAGAAAAAGUGAAAUCCUGAUAGAAGAAAGAACUUCCUCUGUGGUCCACUAAAGAUGACUGCUAUUUGUCCCCCACAGGAGUGGUGACAGCUGUGGUCUUCAUCACUCUGUGUGUGGUGGCGGUGAUGACCCGUUUCCUGUACCAACACCGGCAAGCCCAGAGAGACGCCAGCAUCAAGGAGAAGGAGCACCGACACAACCUGGAAACAGCCUACCGGAGAGAAGCAGCCUACCAAGCAGAACCAGCCUACCGGACAGAGCUCCACCUCCACCACAGCUCCACCCUCAGGGACAACAGGGAGUACUACAUC